AACACAAGAGAGGGGGAUUAAAUAGUUGAAAAACAGUUUGUGUUUUUGGUGGUAAUGAAGGAAGAAAUGGAGGAAGCAAUGAGGAUGGUGAGAAGCAGUGGACAAAUUGUUCCUACUGCCAAAUACUGUGUUACAGGUGCCACAGGGUAUAUUGGUUCAUGGCUUGUUGAAGCUCUUCUUCAAAGAGGUUGCACUGUUCAUGCUACUGUCAGAGAUCCUGAAAAGUCAUUACACCUCCUGUCAUUGUGGAAGGGUGGUGACCAAUUGAGAUUUUUCCGCGCUGAUUUGCACGAAGAAGGAAGUUUCGAGGAGGCAGUAAAAGGAUGUGAUGGUGUGUUCCAUGUUGCAGCUUCAAUGCAGUUCAAUGUUAAUGAGAAAGAAAACAUUGAGAACUUUGUUCAAACGAAUAUAAUUGACCCUGCAAUCGAAGGAACCGUAAACCUUCUCAAAUCCUGCUUGAAAUCCAAUUCUGUGAAAAGGGUUGUUUUCACAUCUUCUAUAAGUACUAUUACUGCUAAAGAUAGCAAUGGAAAAUGGAAACCUAUUGUUGAUGAAUCUUGCCAAAUACAAACUGACACUGUUUGGAAUACACAACCAAGUGGAUGGGUUUAUGCACUUUCAAAGCUUCUCACAGAAGAAGCAGCAUUUAAAUUUGCUAAAGAGAAUGGGAUUGAUCUUGUUUCAGUUAUAACAAGUACUGUUGCAGGCCCAUUUUUCACUGCUAAUGUACCUUCAAGUGUUAAAGUUCUGCUGUCCUCGCUAACAGGUGAAACUGAAAACUACAAGAUAUUAUCUGCUGUAAAUGCACGAAUGGGGUCAAUUGCUUUAGUUCACAUUGAAGAUAUAUGCAAUGCACACAUAUUCUUAAUGGAACAUGCUAAAGCAGAAGGUAGGUACAUAUGCAGCACACAAAGUUGUACACUGUCUAACUUGGCAGCUCUUGUCUCCAAAGAGUAUUCUAAUCCAACAACACAAAGAAAGAGUCAGAAAUAUGACAAGGUUCCUACUGAAAUUUCCUCAAAGAAGAUAAAAGAUCUGGGUUUCAGUUACAAGCAUAGCCUUGAAGAAAUAGUACAUCAAACAAUUAUGUGUUGCCUAGAUUAUGGUUAUUUACCUUCAGUUUAGCUACUAGUCUUUCAAUGCCACUCUGUACAUGAUUCAAAGUAAUUGAGCUUUUGUAGUUUUUUCACAAAAAUAAAUAAGGCACUAUGGGUCUUUUAACUUAAUUUAAAGUUUGAAAUGUUACUUUUUUUCUUA